AUGGAGGUCCUGGAUUCUCGAACUUCGUCCCAUUCUGAAUUUUCGGCAAAAUAUAACGGUUUAGAUACCCAUCUCGGAUGCUAUGAAAGACAAUUAGGUCUCGCAGAUACUGGUGAUGUUUAUGGUGGAGAAAAAGUCAAAGUCUUGGAUCAAGGACAGAAGAGCAUUGACUGCGAAUCUGUAACCUUCCGACUGGCGCUUUUAAACGCAUAUGCUGUGGUCAACGAAUUAAUCGCACAGAAUACGGAACCCGCUGGCUAUGGUACUCCACCACCGCCCUAUACCGACGUGCACGAUGACCUACCGCCUGAAUAUUCGGCCUUUCCAGCCUUAGCUGAAGCGAAGCCAGUCGCCAAAAAGUCCACUCCUCCAUCGAACGAUUAUAGCAGAUCUCGAAGUUCAAAGUCGAAACCCGUAUCAUCAAUUGACUUUGAGAGCACGCAUGGAUUCCGUCAGCAUGGAAAGAAACAGAAAGCGAAACUAGCAGCCAAAAAGGCUGUGGGUGGUUCAUCUGGUGGUGAUGGCGGCGACAGUGGAAAAAAAAACGACGAGACGAUAGAUCCUCCAGGUGGAAGCGGUCUCGGUGGAAGUGCAGGUGGUGAUGAUGGCGGCGAUGGUGGUGACAAAAAUGACGACGGCUGGGGCGAAGUCACCAGUAAUAGCAAAAAGAAGAAGUCCAAGAAACAGCAAGAAGAGGAGGAAGAGGAAGAACGAAAGAGGAAAGAAGCAGAGGAGGCUGCGGCUGCUGGUACAGCCGGCAAUAAUCUCAGCUGGGCAGAUGAUUUGGACAACAACAAUGAUGACAGUUGGGCCGGCUUUACAUCUGUAGGCAAGAAAGAUAACAAGAAAAAGAAUUCGCUUGACCCGACAUCCGCUGCAUUCGGAGAACCUGCCGGAAACUCAUUUCAGGAAAUCAAUCUCGACGAUUCCGCACCGCAACUGGAUCUCAGCUUUGAAUCCACUAAAGGGGCAUCUGGAGGUGGAGGUUAUGGAUUCGGAGGUUGGGGAAAAGACUGGAAUACUGGCAGUAAGUGGGGAUUUGGGUCAAUGGGCAAUGAUACUUCCGCGCCAAAGGAUCCACCAGCAAAGACUGAGAGCCCUUGGGGCUUGGGUGACAAGAAAACCAAAAAGGCAGCGGGCUCCCUCGGCUUCGACUUUGGCGACUUGGGUACGUCUACGGCAGAUAUCGGUGCUUCGAAAGAGGUGAAGGAUGACGAAACUUGGGGUGCUUUCAACGCUGUCGGUAAGAAUAACAAGAAUAAAAAGAACAGCAUUUCCGAGGAACCUCCUAGUACCGAUGAUUGGGGUCCAUGGGGUCCCAAGAAAACUGUGAAAAAGGAAGAACCGGUACCUGAGUCGAAGACAGGACAGUCUGAAGAUGUGUGGGCAGCUUGGGCGAGCAAAGACAAGAAGAAGGUACCUACUUCAAGCGCAGCUAAAAAGACCGAAACCGAUGAUAUUUGGGCCGCAUUCAAGAAAGACAACAAAGCGGAUAUUAUCGACUUGGACUUCCCUAGCGAGAAAGCUCCAGCUCCCGAGCCUGAGCCAGUUAUCGACAAUGUUUGGGCGGUGCCGGGCAAGAAAGACAAAAAGAAGGCGAGCAAAAAAGGUACUGAGCCAGAGCCAGUACAGUCAAAGACCGAAGAUGCCUGGGCUUCCUUCGAGACCGAUACGAAGAAAGAACCAGAAGAAGAGUCCGGUUGGGGCUGGGGUAUCGCUAGCAAGAAGAAAGACAAAUCCAAAGGUCUAAUUGAAGACCUAAGCUCCUCAUCGCAAGUUGAUAGCUCAGCUGCACCACCGGAAAAAGAUUGGCUCAGCGCAUGGGGCAUUGGAGGUAAAAAGAAGGAGGUUGCACCAGAGCCAGAGCUGGAGCCUGCUCCUGAACCUGAAAAGCCAAAAAACCAUGAAUUCUGGGAUGGUUGGGAUACUUGGACUCCCUUGCAACGCAGAAAGAAAGAAAAGGAGGCCGUCAAGAAGGGAAUACCAGCUCGUAUAGAGAUACUCGAUCCCGUACCUGAGCCGAUUAUCGAACCAGAACCUGAGCCAGAGCCAACUCCAGAACCACCAAGGAGGAACCAUGAAUUCUGGGAUGGCUGGCAGAGCUGGGGUCCUGUGACGCGAAGGAAGAAGGAGCGAGAAGCUGUAAAACUGGGCAUUCCACCAUUGAUCGAAGAUCUCGCACCCGAACCAGAGCCCGAGCCCGAGCCUCAACCUGAGCCAGAACCGGAGCCUGUUAUAGAGACACCAAGAAACCACGAAUUCUGGAACGGUUGGCAAGAUUGGACCCCAUUAGCUCGCAAAAAGAAAGAAAGGGAAGCGGCGAAGAAAGGUAUUCCUCCACUUAUCGAAGAUGCUCCUGAGCCCGAGCCCGAGCCUGAACCUGAGCCUCAACCCGAGCCYGAACCAGAACCAGAACCGGAGCGACCCAARAAYCAUGAAUUYUGGRAYGGYUGGCAAACUUGGACUCCUUCUGCGCGCAGAAAGAAAGAGAAAGAAGCUGUAAAGAAAGGGAUCCCUCCACUUAUUGAAGAUGCUCCCGAGCCUGAGCCUGCACCCGAGCCCGAGCCCGAGCCUGAGCCUGAACCGGAACCGGAACCAGAGCCUGUCCCUGAAACACCCAAGAACCAUGAAUUCUGGGAUGGUUGGCAAGACUGGACUCCUGCAGUCCGCAAAAAGAAAGAAAAGGAAGCAACAAGAAAAGGCAUUCCUCCGCUUAUUGAAGAGAUCUUUGUUCCCGAGCCUGAACCAGAACCUGAACCAGAGCCGGAGCCAGAACCGGAACCAGAGCCAGCGCCGCCGCCCCCACCAGUCAACCACGAGUUCUGGGACGGUUGGCAAGACUGGAGUUCUUCACAGCGCAAGAAGAAAGAAAAGGAAGCAGUUAAGAAGGGCAUCCCCCCACUGAUUGAGAACAUUCCUGAGCCUGUCAUCGACCCUGAACCGGAACCAGAACCGGAACCAGAACCAGAACCAGAGCCAGUGCCACUGCCACCACCGAAAAACCAUGAGUUUUGGGAUGACUGGGAUUCAUGGUCGCCUUCUCAAAGGAAGAAAAAGGAGAAGGAUGCAGCGAAGAAGGGUAUCCCACCAAGGCAGGAGAUUGUUGAGCCUGAGCCAGAGCCAGAACCAGAACCAGAGCCGGAGGCAGCGCCCGAACUGGAACCUGAGCCCGAGCAACCUAGAAAUCAUGAAUUCUGGACCGGUUGGGAAAAUUGGAGCAGUAAAGAACUCAAGAAAAAGGAGAAAGAAGCCAAACUCAACGGCAUUCCUGCAUUGCAGAAAGAUCUACCACCUGCGCUUGAAUCCGAACCCGAACCAAUACCAGAGGUUAUACCGGAACCAGAACCUGAGCCGGAACCAGAACAACCUAGAAACCAUGCAUUCUGGACUGGAUGGGAAAAUUGGGGCAGUAAAGAACUCAAGAAAAAGGAGAAAGAAGCCAAACUCAACGGCAUUCCUGCAUUGCAGAAAGAUCUGCCACCUGCGCUUGAGCCCGAACCCGAACCAGAACCGGAGGUCCUACCAGAACCAGAACAGCCCAGAAAUCAUGCAUUUUGGACCGGGUGGGAAAGUUGGGGGCCCAAAGAGCGCCUCAAGAAGAAGAAGGAGGCCAAGUUAAAUGGUAUUCCAGCAUUGCAAGAGGACUUACCGCCUGCUUUAGAUCCUGCUGCUGAUCCAGAACCUGUAGUGGAACCGGAAGCUGAGCCUGAACCUGAGCCUGAACCGGAACAACCGAGGAAUCAUGAGUUUUGGACUGGCUGGGAGAAAUGGGGCAGCAAGGAACGUAAGAGGAAGGACAAGGAAGCGAAGAUGAUGGGUAUUCCUCCUUUGCAAGAGGAUCUACCGCCUGCUCUUGAUCCUGCUGCUGAACCUGAACCUGUGUUGGAGCCAGAGCCGGAGCCAGAGCCAGAGCCAGAACCUGAACCUGAACCAAGGAAUCAUGCAUUCUGGAAUGGAUGGGAGAACUGGGGUAGUAAGGAGCGUAAGAAAAAGGAAAAAGAAGCCAAGGCCAACGGCAUACCGCCACUAGAUGUCAAUCUCAAGCCUGCUCUUGAUCCCGAACCUGAGCCUGAGCCCGAACUUGAGCCCGAAACUCAACCCGAACCUGAACCCCAGCCUGAGCUUAUACCGGAGCCGCUAAAAAACCAUGAGUUCUGGGACGGUUGGGACGACUGGAGUGCUUCACAACGCAAGAAGAAAGAAAAGGAAGCAGUCAAAAAAGGCAUUCCACCUCGACAAGAUCUCCCUAUUAUUGACAUUCCUCCUGAAGCUCCUGAAGUUCCAGAGAUCCCCGCUUUCGAGCCAGCUGUUGUAGAGGAGCAUAAGGAUGAUUACUGGGCCGACCUUAACAACUGGUCACUUAGUGACCGCAAGCAGAAACAGAGGGAAGCCAAAAAGAAAGGAAUUCUGAUGCUCGACGAGGAUCUAGCCCCACCUCCUCCAGCACCUACGCCUCCAGCACAGGGAUUGACCCCAGAACCACACUUGGACGAUCUCUUAGAUGAUGAUGCAUGGGGAGGUUUCGCAAAAUCUUCGAAGAAGAAGGCAGCACCGAUAGAGGAAACUCCCGCAAAGGCAGUCAGAGGUUUCUGGGCUUCUUUCGGCACAUCUGCAGCUACUAAGACCAAGUCAAAGGAAGAAAAGCCAAGAGAGGUUGAUGACCUGCUUAUCGACGUUGAUGAGGGUGCUGAAGCGCUAGCCGCUCCCCUAGUGGACGAUAUAGCCGCGCCAGCCGCUCCCCCGCCCAAAGCCACGUCAAAGGCAGCCAAGCCAGGAAGACUUUCUGUUGCAGAGCGUAUUGAGGCUCUUGAAAGAUCGAAGCGAGAAAAAGCAAAGGAGAAGGCGAAAGAAAAAGAAGCGCCAAAGCAAAUCAUCGACGACUUCCUUAUCGACGAUGCACCUCCGCCGCCAGCGCCCGACCCAUACGAGGAAUUACUAACCAAGAAGGGUUCUAGCAAACAAAAACUGACCAAGUCGUCGUCAAGCAAGAAGGCAAUUCCAGAAGAGAUUCCAAAGCCAGUAGAAGAAGAAAUAUCGCACGAAUCGAUACCUGGCAGUUUUCCUGAACCUGAGCCUGAAGAACCCGAAACUCAGCCUGAGCCUGAGCCAGUACCAGAAGCACCAAAAAACCACAAGUUUUGGGACGGGUGGCAAGACUGGAGUCCUUCAGUGCGCAGGAAGAAAGAAAGGGAAGCAGUCAAGAAAGGAAUACCUCCGUUGAUCGAAGAUAUCGCCCCUGAGCCCGAGACCGAACCUGAACCCCAAGUGAUACCUGAAGCACCGAAAAACCACGAAUUCUGGGACGGAUGGCAGGACUGGAGCCCUUCAGCACGCAGAAAGAAGGAAAAAGAAGCAGUCAAGAAAGGAAUACCUCCGUUGAUUGAGGAUAUUGCUCCUGAGCCUCUUGAACCUGAGCCUGAACCUGAAGCAAUACCUGAAGCACCAAAAAAUCACGAAUUCUGGGACGGAUGGCAGGACUGGAGUCCUUCAGCACGUAGAAAGAAGGAGAAAGAAGCAAUCAAGAAAGGCAUCCCACCGUUGAUUGAAGAUAUCGCUCCUGAGCCUCAGCCUGAGCCUCUUGAACCUGAGCCUGAACCUGAGCCAGAACGAGAGCCCACUCCACCGCCACCACCACCCGAAUCUUCCAAAAAGAGCAAGAAGUCUUCUAGCACCAAGAAGUCUUCUACGCCGGUAAAGGUAUCAACAAAGGUAUCGAAGCGCGAAUCUCUGUCCAGAUCGAUGGAAGAGGAACCCGUGGUAGAGCCUCCUGCGGCUCAGGAGCCAGUCACUGAAGAGUCUAUCUCAGAAGAAGCUCCCAGACCUCUAACUCCACCACCUGAACCCUCUACGAAGUCGUCGAAGAAGGAACGGACAAAGGUUGAACGUACAGCAGGUGCAUCUUCGUGGGGGUUCUGGGGAGCCGCCCCGCCGCCAAAGAAACCAUCAAAGCGCGCUGAACAAGCAGCCCCUGAAAAGGAAGCGCGCCCGAAGGUUUCUAGGACAAUGUCUGACGCAACGGCACGUCGCAGGGUACGGGAGUCAGACAACGAAGUCGAUAUCGAAAGAUCAUCGACAGACAAAGACAGACGGUCUGACUCCAAACGUCAGAGUCGAUCUAUGGGCUUCUCCAAUUUCAUCAUGGCGGGAGCGCCGCCUUCUCGAAACAAGUCGAUUAGAAGAUCUGGUGCUCCAUCGCGGCCCACUUCGCGCCGCCCGUCAGUCGAUGUGGCUGAUGCUGGUCUUCCAUCUCCACCUCCUGAGGAUAAACCCGAGAUCUCAGAUAAAGCAGCUAAAUUAAUGGGUAUCAAAGCUUCCUCGUCGAGGAGAGAGGGUGGCGAACGAAGGAAAAGACGUAGCGUUCGUGAUCCCUACGCACUUGACGGCGAUGAAGAUAUUGUGAUGGUGAAUGCAGAAGCGGAGGGCGAAUUUGCGGAAAAGAGUAGGCGCAGAAAGUCUAAGAAUAUGUCUGAAGCGAGACCGGUCGAGGAGGAACCCGUGAUUGUUGAGGCGGAACAAAGCCCUCCAAGUGCAGAAGUCGUUUCUGGUCCAGAUGAUAUUGCUUUUGUGGAAGCCCCCCCUAAGGAAUCCAAGGAUUCUAAGGAGCGGCGAUCUCGAAGAUCUAUUCCUGCUCCUGCCUCUGCGACAAAAAAGCCUGAAGCUGGAGGCUUGAUGGGACUCUUCGGCUCCUUGAGAAAACCAACAAAAUCAGAUCCACAACGCAGAAAGUCACGACCUCGACGCGACGAAAUGACGGAGACUGAGCGAGACGAAAAACGUGCGAAACGUGACCGACGACGGUCUGUCAAGCCGGAGACCGAUGCCGAAGGCUUCACCACUGAUGCUGGUCCUGUAAAUGUUGACACGGAGGUAGAUGAUAUGGAAGCGAUGAGGGCCGAGCGUAAAGCGCGUCGGCGUGCAGCUGAGCAGAAAGCGCGCGAAGUGGAACUUCAGGAAGUUGAAGAGCGAAGGGCGCGACGAGAAAGGCAACGUGAGCAAAGAGAGAGAGAACUUCGCGAGGAGAUGGAACGCGAGGCUCGACGACGUGAGGAGAAGCAAGCAAAACGUGCAGCUCGUGAAGAAAGACGAGCUCGAGAGGAGCAAGAAGCAAGAGAAGCUCAAAUGCUUGCAGAAGCGAAAGCAGCUGAGCGGCGAGAACGGAGGCGAACACGCGAACCCGUGGAAAUGAGUGGAGGACUAUCCAGGCAUGCUUCGAAGGCUGAUAGACGUCGUUCCGAGCGACGAUCAGAGGAUGAAUACGCAAGGUAUCAAGAUGAGCGUCCACGAGUUAGCCGGCGCAAAACUGCCCCAGAUCCUGCCGAGCCUCCGCGUGGGUAUGGCAUGCCUGGGAAAGAGAAGACAUCUUCCUGGGUAAAUUCGCAGGUGCUCGACCCUCCAGAAGCUCCUCCAAUCGUGCCCACAGUUCUGGAUAUGCCUCCUAGCAACGAAAAUGGGCCUUCAUUGUCGUCGGAUGAGGAGGCGAGGCGUAGAAUUCGUCGGCAGGCACGUCGUCGUUCCAAGUAUCCCGACAUGGCUGAUGAAGAGGUUGAAGAGAUGCGUUCUAGACGGCGUGAUUCUCGAAAAGUUCGUGAGGGAGCAAAGAGCAGCUCUGGAGAUGGUGAUUUCGAACGAGAGAACGGCAUGCGUCGACGCGAUAGCGCAUAUGAACCACCAUCUCGUGCACCCAGCACGAAGAGGACAAGCUGGUUCAAGAAGUUGACAAGUCUCUGA